UUUUUCUUUCUGGGAUCUCUCUCCUUCCCUCUCUACCAAACAUCUCUCUCUCUCUCAACAGCAAAUCCGAAAUAAAGAGUAUAAAAGCUUGUUUUUUUAUUUGUUUUCUUCGUUAGAGAGAGAGAGAGAGAGAGUUGGGCCAGCGGAUCGAAGACGACGAUCUGAGCUUUUUUCUUCUUCUUCUUCUUCUUCUUCUUCUUCUUCCAUGGAGAUUUGAUUCUUACCCACUUGCUUUUCUCCCCUCCCUAGGUUAAACUGUGAAAAAAGCUAUUGAAAGAUGCAUUACUCGAUGAGGGAUCCCACUGAAGAUUCCGACAGUUGCGGCUGGUCGGUGAUAUACCGUCGAGACAUAAACUCGCAUUUUCAUCAGUUCGGUUCUUCAUCGCCGAGCGGGAGAAGAGAUCUCGUGAGACGAAUGAUUCUUGACCAGGAUGCCGUUUUCAAGAACCAGUUAUCCGAGCUUCACCGUCUAUACAGCGUGCAAAAGAUCUUGAUGGAGAGACUUAUGCAGAAGAAGUUGGCUGAAAAUCCCGGAAAUGGAAGUACUCACCAGCGGAUGGCGCUCUUUCCCUCGGGAAACCUGGAAUGCGACGGGCUGUCUCCUGCUCGUGAUGUUGCAAUGCAAAACGGGGUUAGACCCGUGAAAAUCCGGAGAAAGUUGAUCGAUCUUCAACUCCCGGCAGAAGGGUAUGAGGAUCACGAGAAUCUGCAGUGCCCUCUGCUUGAAAACCGAUCGAAACCGGGAAAAGAAGCAUGGGAAAAGCGGUUUCUUGAAAGACAGGAGGUGGCUUCUGGAUCUUGUAUGGGUCUGAAGAGAUUUAAUGGAUUUGCUGACUUGAAUGAGCCAGUUCAUGUCCAAGAACCAGGAGAACCUGUUGCUUCUUCAAAGGAUACGUAUCCUGUUUAUGGGAGAAACAAUGUACUACAUGAACAAGGGCAUGACAGAAGCAGCCGGACAGAAAGCUCGCAGAUUUUCUCCGACAAAACGUUUCAACCUCCGUUCCAUCCUCUGUCUGAACAUGGCAUGGCAAGAUUCUCGGGAGAGAGGACGUUUUGUGACUCGGAAGCUCGUUUGAGGAAUCCGGAAGUUUCUUACGAUAGCCAUGUGGAAUCAAUCGUGGCAUCGAGUGUUCCAAUUUCUCAUGGCCAUCACCCGGAAUUCGUGCUAUCAUGGGCCCAUCGGCUUUCGUCACGGGACAAACCCAAUAGCAGCUCAGUUCAAAUGAAUCCAUACUUGAAUUCUAACCCAAAAGGAAGAGCCAAUCCAAGUUUCGAGAUUUCCCCUCGCGACUUCAGCGGCCUUUGCCAAGGACUCAUCCCGGCAGAAAUCCUCCAAGAACAAAAACAGCACAACAAGGAGUGUUCAACUGGGUUGUCCUGGCUAAAACCUAAGCCUCACUGUAGAAGUGAAAUAACCAAUGGCUGCUUGGAUCUGAAUGCUACCAUACAUCAUCAGUUCACAGACGAAACCGAGAUGGGUGAUGGUUUUACUAAUGCAUCUGCUCACCAGAGUUCGAGAUCUAUCCCCUGUUCUGAUAAUGCCGGCAUUGGAAGAGAUGAUGAAAUGGCCGACCUCCAUCGUAGCAGAAAGAUUCUCGGAUUUCCGGUAUUUGAGAAGUAUUGUAUUGUCAAGAAGGAGCCUUCUUUCAUUACCUCCCCUUCCGCCUAUACCAUUGGCCGAUCCAUUGGAGAAGAUAAGAUGGUGAAAAGAGACCUCAAUAUCAACUCUCCAUGUGAUGAUUCAGUUUCUGUCACAGAUCACGGUGAUGCUGAAGCUGCUACCUUAGUAGACAGGGAAGAAGAAGGCAAAAGAGCUUUCAGAUUCAGACAUGACAUUGAUCUGAACAUAUGUGCUAGUGAGGAUGAAGAUUCUGUCAUGCCUUCUGCCUUAAUAGUGAAAAGGAAAGCAAUUCCAUGGAUAGAUUUGGAAGCUCCGGCCGUUCUGGACAGUGAGGAUGAAGCGGAGAAGACAAAUGGAGACACUCGAGGAUUGCUGAAAGGUAAAGAUGGAAAUUUUAUGGAUGAACUCCAACUCCUUGAGGCAGCUGCCGAGGCAAUAGUAGCUAUCUCGUUGUCUGAUCCAGACGAAGCCGUUUGCUCUUCAAUCAACUGUCCUGUGAAAAACCCACUCGCUUGGUUUGCUGACACAAUCGUUUCUUACGAUGACGACUCGGGGAAAAAGAUCAUUGCUUUGUCAGAAGGCAGACAUAGCGAGGGAGGCCGUGAAGAAUGUUCAUCUGGAGAGUUUGAUUACUUUGAGGCCAUGACCUUGAAUUUAAUGGAGACCAAGGAAGAAGACUACAUGCCAAUGCCAUUGGUACCUGAGAAUCUGAGAUUUGAAGAGAUGGGCAUUACAGCCACCACACCAAAUCGGCCAAGAAGAGGACAACCGAGACGAGGAAGACCGAAACGGGACUUCCAAAGGGAUAUCCUUCCAGGGCUUACUUCUCUAACAAGGCAAGAAGUAACCGAAGAUCUUCAGAUGUUCGGAGGGCUGAAGAAAGCGACAGGUUAUCCUCGGAAUCCGUCCAGGUGUGGAUCUAACCGCGGAAGAAAACGUCCGGUCAGUAGCACUAACAGAGCCAUGAGUUGCUCUUUAUUGAAGCAGUCAUUGAUGAAUCACCAAGUAGAAAAGUCAGGACCUGAAGAUAGGAGCUUCAAGGGCUGGGGAAUGGCGACCAGAAGGCCGAGACGACGAAGAUGCCCUGCAGCUAAUCAUCCCCCAACCGUUAUCUUAACAUGAAUAGAUAUCACUUUACGAUCGAGAAAACACUGCAUAGAGAAGAGAUCACAAGAAUUGAACCCAUGUUCAGUGUAUAGCACAAGAAGGAUAUUACUGUAUGGCUAUAGACUUCUGUCGAAGGGUAUGUUGCAGAGUUCUUGAAUCCAUGCAUUGGCAUUCAGCA